AUGGGGAUCGAAGAUCUGAUGGACCGGGUUGUUUACCGAGCGGUCACAGGUCCGCUUGCUGGAAGGACCAACUAUGUCCAGGCCUGGUACCAGGAGAUUUACCCUAACAAGAUGUACAAAAUCUCCUGGAUGGAAGAGACCGGCACCAUCGUCACCCAGACCAUUGACAUCGUGGAAAAGAGGAUCUGGACUUUUGCCGCCUUUACAAAAGGUCAUCAUACACUCACAUGGGGUCAGGAAAAUCGAAAGAUCUGCCAAGGCCACAAGACGACUCAUAUAGAGCAAUGGCGCAAGUUGGCCAAGAUCGGUAUUCAAACUGACAGAUAUAUGGUUCCAAAGUCUGGGGUCAUCGAUGAGAUUCUUGAGGGACGUGGUGAGCAUCUUCCCGAGAUUGGCGACGACUGGCCGGUUUUGUAG